AUGGCCUCGCUCAAGACGCUGCUGCCGUCGGCGCUUGUCUUGCUAUCGAGCCUGACGCCGGUUCUCGCUGCCGACCAGUUUGCUAUUUUGCCCACCGCUGCGUCGGCGACCUUUCCGGCCUGUGGUCUCACCUGUCCAGUGCUCACCCAGGUCCAAACUGGCUGUGUUCCGCCUCAGGCCCCCGUGACCAACGAUCAAACAUAUAUCAAUUGCUUUUGCGAGUCGACGACUCUGCAGGGCUUGCAAACAACUGGCACCGUCUGCUACACCUGCACAGAUGCUACCAGCCAGAACCUGCUAGUCCAGUGGUUCACUGGAUACUGCAGCGGGGGGUACACUUCGACUUUGACUUCGACAGCGACCUCGACUACUUCUGCGCCUACUUCUGCGCCUACUUCUGCUGGUACUACGACCGGCUCGGCCACCACUACUGCCACUAAUUUGCCAACCGACACGUCGGAAAGCUCGACUCUCUCGGCGAAUGGACAGUCUGGAAAGAGCUGGAUCUCCACCCACUGGAAAUGGAUUGUCAUGAUAGUUGUGCUCAUAAUCGGUUUCAUUGCCCUCGCUUUUGGCGGCAUGUGGUUGAAGAAACGCCUCGACGAGAGACACCCCGGCCUCUACCACGGCGACGACAGCGCCCCCAACGGCAGCAACAACAACAGCACUCGACUCCGCUCGCCCACCGCUGGCUUCGCUAUCCCCGCUAGCCUGCGCAACUUUUCCUCGCGCAACAGCAUGAACAACACGGCUGCAACGGGGACACCCAAUAACGACAGCAGGUCCAGGAACAUCAACUAUCACAGCGUGCCAAACAAUGUGCAGCCGCCUGUUGCCCCCUAUGCCCAGAACCAUGGGAGCAAUCGGAGCAACCCCAACAUGUCCAUGACCAGCCUGUCCAACGACAACCGCGCCGAGAUGUGGGGACCACACCAGGCCACCGCACACACUCGCAACUAUGGCGAAAUCAACCCUGUAGACGACCCAGCGUAUGCGGCCAGUGGAUCGAGGACGGAUCUAUCGAGUGUGGGCACCAGAGGUACACCGCGACAUUCCCGUCGUCUGAGCGUGAACUCGGCGGCAAACUUGCAUCGCGGCAACGAGCCCGUCAGUCCUGUCAGUCCGAUACAGUGA